UCGACCGCUUGAUUGGAGGAGAUAAGGCUCUCGGCCGGAUCUUUGAAUUAUUAUUUUAUUAUUAUAGGCCUAUACGGUAUUUAUAUUACAUUUUGCACAAUGCGAUGAGAACGUCACGCAGGUAUUGCUAUUUAGGUUUAAAGAUAAUACAAAAAAAAACCAAAAAGACGAUGCCUGGUGUAGCGCGGCUCCAUCAGUGCGCCUCUAUUGCAGGUCAUCUGAAAACAACAACAAUAGAUAUAUCAUGUCGUGUUUGAGCGUUUCGUGCAGCGCUGUUAUUGUCCUGUUCGGAGCGGUUUGCAGCGUUUUCAUAUUCUGUGAGUAUCUGAUUUAUUACGCCGCGAUAUUACAGUGCGGUUGGCCGGGGAUCGACCAUGGUUCCCCGGCGAGUGAGAGGAGCGCAGACGGCCAACCAGAACCGGAGGUUCUCCGCGCUAUGGUUCUGUCAGACACGCACCUCCUCGGCGCUGUCGGCGGGCACUGGUUCGACAAACUGCGAAGGGAAUGGCAGAUGGAACGAGCUUUCCAGACCGCCCUGGCCCUGCUCCGACCUGAGGUCGUUUUUAUACUGGGGGAUGUGUUCGAUGAGGGGAAAUGGAGCUCUCCGAAGAACUGGGACGAUGAUGUUUGCCGUUUCCAGAAGAUGUUCAGGCACUCCAGUGACACAGAACUGGUGGUUCUGGUUGGAAACCACGACAUCGGCUUCCACUACGAAAUGGACUGGUUCAAGUUACAGCGCUUUGAGAAGGCCUUCAAUACCACCUCCAACAGAAUGGUCACCAAGAAAGGAGUGAACUUUCUAUUGGUCAACAGCGUGGCUUUGCAUGGUGACGGUUGUCCUAUCUGCCAAUCAGUGGAGAAACAGCUUUACACACUGUCCAGAGACCUCAACUGUUCACUACUUCAGAAUUCUGAGUCCAGCAUUAUAAGAGAAUACUGCCAAGACGCAUGGACCUAUCCUUCUACACCACCUAUCAUCCUGCAGCAUUACCCUCUUUACCGGGUGAGUGAUGCGGGCUGUACGGGUCGGGACGCUGCUCCUCCUGAAGAGCGCCACCUGCUGUUCAGAGAGAAGUACGACGUGCUGUCUCAGGAGGCCUCUCACAGGCUGCUGCAGUGGUUUAAGCCCCGCCUGGUUCUCAGUGGCCACACCCACAGUGGUUGUCAGGUUCUCCAUGACAACCAGUACCCAGAGAUCAGUGUUCCAUCCUUCAACUGGAGGAACCGCAACAACCCCAGUUUCAUACUGGGUUCGUUCUCCUCCAGUGGUUAUGGCCUGUCUAAGUGUUUUCUUCCAGAGGAGAGUACAGUGAUAGCCCUGUACUGUUCUACAGGAGCCAGCCUCCUCUUCUUCCUCUUCCUCCUCCCUCUGGUCCACUGCCUGUGGAUGCGAGGCCUUCUCCGGUGCCUCAUCCUCUGUCCAAUCAGCAAACACAAGUUUCUCUGACGGUCUCAGGUAGAGGUUGUCCCUGACUGCUGAAUGAUACAGGGUCAGAU